ACGGGAGGCAAAUCCAUGGGGAACGUACCUUCGACCAUCAAAGAAUGUCUGAGUACCGGGGUCAACAUGGACUGGUUCUCCAUUGGUGACACUGCUUUCCCAUUAGGGCAACAGAACAAUGUUAUACCAGGUCUUCCUGAAUUUGUAAAGAUCGUUGAGGUUGGACCGAGGGAUGGUCUCCAGAAUGAGAAGGUGAUUGUACCAACAGAAAUAAAAAUCAAGUUGAUCGACCUUCUAUCAGAAACAGGAUUAUCUGUCAUUGAAACCACCAGUUUUGUACCUCCAAAAUGGAUGCCCCAGUUGGCAGAUCACACAGAAGUCAUGCAAGGAAUAAAGAAAUUCCCACAAGUACGUUACCCUGUAUUAACACCAAAUCUCCAUGGCUUUCGUGAUGCACAGAAAAGUUCUCUAGGUUACAGUCUGUCUGCUGAGAGUGAACAUUCCACUAUAGUACGAGUAUACAUUAUAACCUUGAAGACCUUUUUGUAUGUGUCCUGCGCAGUAGGAUGUCCUUAUGAAGGAAGCAUUGCACCAGCUAAGGUUGCGGAGGUGGCUAAAAGAAUGUACAGUUUGGGCUGCUAUGAGAUUUCACUGGGAGACACAACUGGUGUAGGAACUCCUGGAAAUGUGAAGAAAAUGCUGGAAGCAGUGAUGAAAGAAAUCCCUAAAAGUGCCCUUGCCGUUCAUUGCCAUGAUACAUAUGGCCAGGCUCUCGCUAACGUCUUUGUAGCAUUACAGGGAUGCUCAGGCAUGGAUUUAACCAUGGAAGAGAGCCAUGGAUCUGAUGAGUCAAUUCGCAACCCAUUGUCUGUGUCUAUAAAGAGACACCUUGGCCAAGCCCAGGAGCACAGCAACAAGGAAGUCCUCCAAUUUGCUCUUACUUUUCUUUGUUUCGUGGUCAAGAAGCCAGAGAUUGGGGAUGAAGUACAACCAAAAGUAGACAAAUGGCCUCUUCAAGUAACAUCUGCCACAUAUGAGCACAUAUCAAUGUGA